AUGAUUCGCCUCAGCUUUAUCUUGUUGCUACUCGCCGUAGCCGUGAUCCUAAUACAGAAGAGAAAAAAGCAAGACUCACAAGAGCCGCCCUUUAUAUCAUCGACAGUGCCGUAUGUCGGCCAUGCCCUGGGGCUUCUACGAUAUGGGGCCUCUUACUUCAUCUUCCUACGGUCAGUAUCCUGGUAUAUUCGCACCAACCUUAAUAGUAACAGUCACAGAUCACAAGUUCGGUAUCCCAUAUACACAAUCAACCUCUUAUCCCAGAAAUCCUACAUAAUCAACGAUCCCGAACUUAUCAGUCUAGUUCAACGCGAGCGCAAACUCAUAUCGCACAAUGGCCCCUUCGUCGAGACUGUGUUUAAGAGGAUGCUUGGCAACAAUGACGAGAGCAUGGGUAUCAUAAUGUCAAAUAUGGAUGGACAUGGACAGGCGCCCUCCUAUCGACGAGACAUGAAGGCCGCAGAGCAUGAGGCUCUCGCGCCUGGUCGGGCCGUGUCACAGAUUUAUGAAGAUAGCUUGGAUGAGAUUGUCAAGAUCUUUCGCGAUCUCACUUUGGCGGGUUCCCAAAGUGUAGAUCUCAUGGAGUGGCUGAAAAAGGUCUAUACUUUGUCAACUGCUACUGCUCUAUAUGGCCCGCAAAACCCGUUUACGGUAUCGAGGGACUUAGUAGAGGCGUUCUGGGACUAUGACUCUGGUCUCAAAAUGCUUGUGCUUGAUAUAUUGCCUGCCGUCACAGUACCCGCCGCUUUGAAAGGCCGCGAAAGGCUCGUACGUGAGCUCGAGAAAUUUCUAAAAAUGAACCUGGCUGAGGGAGCCAGAUACGCUGAGAUAGUACGGAAAAGGCUAGGUGUCAAUAAUCAACAUGCCUUGUCCGACGACGGCAAAGCGCGCUCAGAGCUUGGGCUGCUCUCCGGCCUCCUGAUUAACACUGUCCCCGUGACGUUCUGGAUGCUGGCCUACAUUCUUUGUUCACAGUCACUGUACUCUACAAUUAUGUCCGAGCUCACGGCGGCGAUCGAGAAGCGCAAGGAUGCAGAUGGUCAGAUUGCCUACGUCGACGUGACAACUAUCAAGCAAAGAUGCCCCAUCCUCGUCGCAACAUACCGAGAAGUCCUCCGCGUAAGUGGCUCCGCAACAGCCACUUUGCUCGUCAAGGAAGACACAUUUCUCGAUGAGCGGUACUUGCUCAAGAAGAACGCCAUAAUCCAAAUCCCUGCCAACUCAAUACACGCCGAUCCUGAAGUCUGGGGUCCCGAUGCCGCGGAUUUCAAACCAGAGCGCUUUGACGAGUCAUGUAAGCCUACCAGGAAGCAGCACCCUUCUGCAUUCCGUACCUUUGGCGGUGGUGCAAGUUGGUGUCCUGGGCGACACCUGGCCAUGGAUGAGGUUAUUACGUUUACUGCGUGUAUGCUUUACACCUUUACUAUUACACCAGUUGGCUCUUCAACUGGCUUCAAGCUUCCCCGGAAGAAUGUUAGAAAUUUAGGGUCGAUUAUGAACCCGAUCGGUGCAUUCAAUGUUGUUUUAAACUGUCGGGAGGGGCUAGAGGGCGUAAGGUGGACAUUCGGAGUAAGGGACUAG